CGGUCAGACUACGAGAAUCCCAAUGGCAAGAGAGUCGCUUUUUUUUUUUUUAAUUCACUUUUCAGACACGUUCAUUUGUCAAACUUUUAUCACAAAGAAAAAGCCUUCAAUAAAAUAUGUGUCUGAUAACAUCUCUUUUUUAUUGUCCUUUGUCUCUCUGACUCUUAUCUUCCCUCCUGAGGUAAAAGUGAAGUCAACAAGGAGAUGGAUGAGAGUGGAAGAGUACAUCCGGAUUGUGCUAAUGCUGCUAAUCCUUACCAUGAAUGUGGUGUGUAUUGCCUAGAAAAGAUUGCUGAAGGCAAGGGACGAAAGGAAAAGGAUAAAAAGAAAAUAGAUAACCACUAUGGUAUAAAAGAAGUUGUGCAUACCACAAGGGUUGAUGAUGGGGGGAGAGUGCAACCAAAUUGCCCUAAAGCAUCUAAUCCUUACCAUGAAUGCAAUGAAUUUUGCAUCCAGAAAACUUCCAGGGCAGAUAAUCACAAUGGUAUAAAACAAGGUGAGGUUAGCAAAAAGAAGGAUGACGAGGGAAGAGUGCACCCAACAUGCAGAAAGGCGUCUAAUCCUUACCAUGUAUGUGAUGAAAAUUGCUUCAAAAGAACUACAGAGGCCAUUCAAGGGGUUAAAAAGGAAUCAGAUAUUCGCAAUGGUAUAAAACAAGGUCAGCUUAGCAGAAGGAAGGAUGAGAGAACAGUAUAUCCAACUUGUCCAAAAGCAUCUAAUACUUAUCACGAAUGUGAUGAAAAUUGCUUCAAAAGAAAUACUGACGCCAAUACACCGGGGGUUAAAAAAGAAACAGGUUCCAAAAUUCUAGAUGCUUCUAGAAGCUUUGGCAAGAAAAAGAAGGGAUCUGAGUCUCAGCCGAAGUCCCCUCGAGCACUUGAGAUUACCCCUGCCCUAGGUGCGGUUUACCCUGGUAAUCCUAAGUCACCUCGAUCUCAUUUUUCUAGGAAGAAUAUGGCAGCAGAGAAUGGUGAGUCUUUUUCUUCUUCUGAGCAAAACUCUAAAGAGAUUUAUUCCCGAGAUCAAUCUUUGGACAAAGCGCAAAUUCAGUACUCUCAACCACUGCCUAUGUCUGGGAAAAUCAUGUCCACUGAUGAUACACCAACCAAAUUGAAAGAAGCAGAGAAGGAUCAAAAUUCUCCUAAGGUAUGUGCAGAUGCAAAUACUGAGGGUGGGAAAGAUGUCACUAGCUCAAACUUUAGUUUCUCAGGGAUUGUCCGAGCUUUAGAAGAGAGUGAUGAGGAAGAAGAGGUUGAAUCUGUUAUCUCUGAUUCCUGUGUACCAGUUGGAAAAUACCAUGUGAAAGCAAGUAUCUCCUCGAUUCUACAGUCAAUUUUUGACAAGUAUGGAGACAUAGCAGCUAACUGUCAGUUGGAAUCAGCUUCCAUGCGUGCUUAUUAUUUAGAGUGCUUGUGUGCUGUACUUCAAGAGUUGCAUUCCACUUCAUUCAAGCAACUGACCAAAGCGAAAGUAAAAGAAAUGUUUGCUGUUCUUAAGGAUGUAGAAUCUGCACAUAUUGAUGUUAGAUGGCUGCGCGCUCUGCUUAAUGAAAUCUCAGAAGCUAUUGAGUUUGUUAGUCAACGUCAAACUAUUGAAGCCAAAAAGGCCAAGUACGAUCUAUCAUUAGACUCGUUAAGGAAAGAACUGGAAUCUCAAAUGGAAGAUCUAGCACAGAAAGAAAAGGUGGCUGCUGAUGCCCGGAAGCUAGUCACAGAAACCCAGGCUCGUCUGGAUGACAUUGAGCAUGAACGUUCUCAAUUGGACAAAACUAUUUCAUCAAUACAGUCCAUCACGGAAAGAUUCCAGGGCAAAUCUGUGGCGGAUGAACUGCUCUUGUGAAGCAAAACGUUAGUAUUCUGGAUGUGAAAGUAGUUUGUGUAGAGCAAUUGACAAUAGGCUUUUAUACUUGCUUUCAAGUACCAUAUCUUAUCCGUUUCUAGGAUUUCUGGAAUAAUUGAACUGUCAAGAGAAAGUACAGUCCUUGAUCUUAGCCUCAAAAAAUCUUAUUCAUAAAAGUGGCUUUCAUGUUGCUUAACCUAAAUCUUGUAUGAUCAUUGGAUUAAGCUUUCUUUUCUUAAAAAAAAGGAAAUAAAAAACAGUUCAAUUCCAUCUCCUAUCUUCCUUUCUCCUUGACUCAUGUUUCAAUUCGUGGUGUUUUUC